CUUUGAUGGGGUAAAAACCCUACGUCCUAUCAGCUAGGUUAAAGAAAACCCUAUUUAUCUGUCUUCCUAUCACAAUCCUUCCGUCUCAUUCACUCUUGCGCAGCGCAGCCAUGGCGACGGGCACAGCAGCGGCACCAACACGGGCUUUGUCCCAAAAGGAGUUGGAUAUACAGAUGAUGUUGGCUGCUGAAGUUCACCUCGGCACUAAGAACUGCGACUUCCAGAUGGAACGUUAUGUUUUCAAGCGACGCAAUGAUGGAAUUUAUAUCAUCAAUCUUGGAAAGACAUGGGAGAAACUUCAACUGGCUGCUAGGGUCAUUGUGGCCAUUGAGAACCCACAGGACAUUAUAGUCCAGUCUGCAAGGCCUUAUGGUCAAAGAGCUGUCCUCAAGUUUGCCCAAUACACUGGUGCCCAUGCUAUUGCUGGAAGGCAUACUCCCGGUACAUUCACUAACCAGCUUCAAACAUCUUUCAGUGAGCCGCGACUCUUGAUCCUCACUGAUCCCAGGACUGAUCACCAGCCUAUUAAGGAAUCUUCUCUUGGAAGCAUUCCCACCAUUGCUUUUUGUGACACGGACUCUGCUAUGCGUUAUGUGGAUAUUGGCAUUCCAGCUAAUAACAAAGGGAAGCACAGUAUUGGAUGUCUGUUUUGGCUGUUGGCAAGAAUGGUUCUGCAGAUGCGAGGCACUAUUCCACAAGGGCACAAGUGGGAUGUUAUGGUGGACUUAUUCUUCUAUAGGGAGCCUGAGGAAACCAAGCAACAGGAAGAGGAGGAAGCAGUACCAGUUACUGAUUAUGCACUCCCUUCUACUCAUUAUGGGCUUUCUAAUACUGAUUGGGAUGCUCAAAUUGCUGAUGGCCAGUGGACUGCUGAAGCAGCUCCACCACCUAUUUCUGCUGUUCCUGCUUCCAACUUAUAUCCAGAGCAGGGUGGAUUGUCUAAUGAAUGGGACGCAGCAGCACCGCCAGCCCAAUCAGUAGCCCCUGCUCCUGCUGCCACUGGCUGGGAAUAGUGAAGCACGAGAAGCUCAAUACCAUGUCUUGUGCUAUUGUUUAGAUUUAUUAGGAAUUGUUUGAGGGAUUACCAAACAUCAAAUUGGAAAGUGGACAUGUUUUGUUUUGUUUAAUCAUCGUUUUGGGCAAAAGCUUAGUUGUAGACGUCUGGAUUUUAAAAGUUUUGACAUUUCCCUUGUAGUGAUGCUAAUUUUUACAAUAUUUUAUUUUCAACUUUCAUUGA